AUGGCUGCGGAUUUCAAAACCGCGCAGCCCGUUGAGUACUAUAGGCAGUUUUUGAAAAAAGAUGUUCGUCCAGAUGGAAGAGAACUUGGUGAAAUCAGAAGCACUAUAGUGAAUAUAGGUUCUAUCAGUACAGCGGAGGGAUCUGCACUUGUUAAACUAGGAAACACAACUGUUAUAUGCGGCAUCAAAGCAGAAUUAUGUACACCAACCAAUGAUGAACCAAAGAAGGGUUUUGUAGUGCCAAAUGUUGACUUACCUCCACUAUGUUCACCACGAUUCCGUCCAGGACCGCCCAGUGAGCAAGCACAAGUUGUCAGUCAGUUUAUUGCAGAUGUCCUUAAAGAUUCAAAGAUGGUGAAUCAUGAAGAUUUGUGCAUUGCUGAGGGAAAGAUUGUAUGGGUUCUAUAUUGUGAUAUGAUGUGCUUAGACUAUGAUGGUAACGUCAUUGAUGCCUGUAUCAUUUCACUAUUAGCGGCACUACGCAAUGUUGCACUGCCCUCUAUAGAGGUAGAUGAAGAGACCGCUAAGCCGAAAUUAACAUCCUCAACUUCAUCUACAAUGACGGUUCAAUCACUGCCAGUGUCAACAUCAUUUGCUAUCUUUGAUAAUUCCAUUCUCAUAGCUGAUCCAACAAAUGAAGAAGAGAACCUAGCAACGGGUGUUGUUACCGUGGUGACAAAUGAGUGUGGUGAACUCUGUGCUCUGCACAAACCAGGUGGGAGCUCUUUAUCUGAAAGUCAAAUACAAGAAUGUGUAAAGAGAUCGUUCUCCCGUGGUGACGAGAUCAGGAAGCUAUUGGAUGAAACUUUUAAUAGUCUGGAUAGAUAGAUAGCAGCGUUUUAUAUGUUUACACUUCAUGCCCCAGUACAGAUGACACAUUGACUUAUUUAUAAUGUUACCUAGGUUACGAGACAAUAACUCAUGUCUUCUUCAGUAGUUUUUAUUACAAUAAUUAAAGUAACUUAUAAGGAGUUGAA